GCACUUCAAACAAACAAACUAUAAGAAUCAGAGCAGAAUUGGCGUCGAAGAUUGGCAAUUGUAAACAAUGUUGCAAGUUGCAAACAGUCAAGCUAUGUUAUAAUAAUAUUUGAGUUUUGCAGCUCAAAAAUAUUGUUAUAUAUGAGCUGCUGCUGUCCUUUUGUUUCCCUCCCAUGGCUGCUUUUGUUCCGUAGUCAUCUCUCUCUCUCUCUCUCUCUCUCUCUCUCUGAUAUUCAUUUCCACUAUGGAAACGUUCACCAACUCAGUCACUCGUCUAAGUUCACCUCAGCUUCUUUUUCUCACACUUGUAUUACUCUACGUCACAUCACCACCUUGCGCCGCCUCUGCCCAAGCGGAGCUUUCCAGAGGCUUCAAAGCCACUCCGGACCCUUCAAUCCAAACCUUCCAACCUGUGCUCACUGACCCAACCGGCAACUUUUCACUGGGUUUCCUCCGAGUCAACAAAACCCAACUCGCUCUGGCCCUCCUCCACGUGCCAUCCUCCGACCCUGUCUGGCUCGCUAACCCUGCCCAACUCGCCCGCUGGUCCGACCGCACGACCCUCCUCUUCAACGGUAGCCUAGUCCUCUCAGAUCCCCAGUCGAAGGUAUUCUGGUCAACUCACUCCGAAAUCGGCGACCGGCUUGCAGUCCUCGACACCUCUAACGUCCAAAUCCAAACGACCCAGGACACCGUUCUAUGGCAGAGUUUUGACUUUCCAACAAAUACCCUCGUCGAGAAUCAGAAUUUCACAUCGACUAUGAAGCUUGUCUCAUCGAACGGCCUAUACUCAAUGCGAUUGGGGAACAAUUUCAUGGGUCUGUUCGCCAAGUUCAAACCGGGUUCAAAUGCAGACCAAAAGUACUGGAAACGCAAAGCCAUGGAAGCCAAGGCCAAAGUCGUCGAAGGAAAAGGACCUAUUUACGCCCGUGUUGAUCCGGACGGGUUCAUCGGAAUGUACCAAACCGGGAACCCAACUCCGGUCGACAUCCAAGCGUUCAUGACCUUUCCAAGGCUAAUCAACGGCCUCCGUAAGGUCAGGUUGGAAGCGGACGGAAACCUCAAGGCGUAUUACUGGGACGGUUCCAACUGGGCUUUGGAUUUCCAGGCGAUUGCCGCCACAUGCGAGCUUCCCAGUCCAUGCGGUUCGUUCGGUUUGUGCGGGGCCGGGAAUGCUUCGUGUUCGUGUUUGAAUAACCAGACGGAGUUCCAUUCCGGUGAGUGUUUUCCGGUUCAGACCGGCGACUUCUGCGGUUCCGGAUGGCGGGAAAUUAAAAGCUUCCGGGUUUUAAGGAGGAACGGCGUGGAGCUGCCGUACAAGGAGUUGAUGAAGUAUAAAAUGAUGUCGUCUUACGGUGAAUGCGAAAGAACUUGUGAAAGGAACUGUAGCUGUUGGGGCGCGGUGUACAAUAACGGGUCCGGGUUUUGUUACUUGAUGGAUUACCCGAUCCAGAGUUUGGUGGGCGUUGGGGAUGAGAGUAAGAUGGGUUAUUUUAAGGUGCGGGAGGGUGCAGGGAGGAAGAAAAUAAAUGUGGGUGUGGGGGUUGGGAUUGGGGUGGUUUGUGUGGCGCUUUUGAUAUUUGUUGGGGUAGUGGGUGUUUGGAGGUUUAGGGUGUGGAGGAGGAAGAGAGGAGGAGGGGGGAAGAGGUUCAUGGGUCAAGAUGGCGGGGCUUCACCCGGCCCGUAUAAGGAUCUCGGGUCCGCAAGCUUUAGGUCCAUUGAGAUGGGUGGGCAAAAUGGUUAGGAUUUGUUUGAGUAAUGCUUCUAGAGUAAUUAUUUGACAAAUAAAAGCAUUUCUAACUAUAUUGGACGAAAAAUAGUAAACGGCCUUCAAUUGUAACAUCAUAGCAAAAAUGCUUACGAGCAAAAAUAUUGUAUCUCCAAACGAGGCGUUAGGCAAUGAUGUAUGAAAUGACAUUUUUUUGGUUUGGGGCCUUUGGAGGAUGGAGUAACAGUUUAACCGACAUUGAUGUUGAUCACCAACUCUUUUGUGUCUGUGAUGGUGGGGGUCCAAGACUUAAUCCUUAUUGUAUUUAAAUUUGUACGACAAAUGAUUGGGUGGAGCCCGCCUAAUCCCAUUGAUAGUGACCUUGUAUUGAGAUUAGUGCGCCUUCAAGGGCUUUGUAUCGAUGAUCAACAUUGAGUAAUGGUAGAAUAUGGUAUGCUAUUUGAUCA